AUUCUCGCUGAUAACACUAGACACCAAGCAUGGCCAGUAAAUCUGAUCGUAUUCUUGUAAAUAAUUUGAUUAGACAUGUUAGAUCACUGUGAAGACGAGAAGGAGAUGUAAUGAUUAGAUGGUCACAAGGGCUGCUUGUGAUUAGUCAGAUGACAGCAAUAGGAGGUAUAUUGUCUUAAUUAGAAAGUAAUUCUGAUAGUGCAUUGUGAUCUCGACGGACAUUACGGGUAAAUUGGAGCAGGGAUACUGCAUUCAUCGAACUCUCAGAGGAUUAAAUCAGCUGCUCUCUCACAGAAUCCGGUAUUGUUCAAUGUAAGCAUGAUAGAGAGCGGGAGAUUUUUUUUUUGCUGUUUUUCUGCGAAGAUGCUCACUUCAGAUUGUUAUUUACCUGAUGGCAAUCGUCAGACGCUUCGCGGAACAGCAGACUGAGCAGGUCGACGGGGAUGCAUAACCUAGGCAGUACUAUGUUUAACACUUAAAAGUAGAUGCCACCUGGAUUUUUAUUUUUUUGGUCAUGUUGUCUAUAUUCAAUUCGAUACUAUGUACAUGUUAUGGGUGUCGGUUGCAUUGGUGUUUGGUUCACGGUUACCCAUCGUCUUUCCAUUGGAGAACAUCGUGUCGUCCGAGGUGGAUCCGGUCACCAAGGCGCUAGAGUAUGUUGAAGAGAUAGCGAGGCAGAAAGAUAACUGCUCGUUCGGACCGUCUCUCGAUCUCCAGUACAACCAAGACCGUUGGACUAUGCAAGCCAAUGUGGCAGUCAAUACUGCAAAUCUCUUGACGACCUUCUCAAGGACAGGCGACCACAUCCGGGGUAUCCAUCCCGAAGACGAGGAUCUUCUUUACUCACUGGUCCUUGCAAACGUCCAGAACCAUGAAGAUGUCUUCGGAUCAGCUAUCGCGUUCAAAACGAGUUUUUAUCGCGACUUUGCCCUUUUCUGCCCAUAUGCAUUCCGGGCUCCCGAUCCAUGUGAUGCAAUUACUGCAAAGGAUCUCUCAAUCGGAUAUAACUACACCAUGGAAGAAACCGAUUGGUUCCACAUCCCUUUUACGUCCUUCAGAAAUUACACCUUUAGCCUGUCGUCUGCAGUAACAACUAGCUCAACUUUUCAGGAUAAUGAUUAUGUUUUUAGCUCGCCCGAGUCAGACAUUCUAUGCGAACGGUGCACCGAGAGCCCCUCUUUAGACAUGUUAGAGAAUACGUUGGGAUCCCUUGUUAAUCACACUCCCACUCCUGGGGUAGCCAUGACUUCUGAAAAGUUCUCCACACCCUACGCUCUUGCAACACAUUCGUAUUAUCUUAGUUCCACAGAAUUGUCAACUCUGGGAAGUCAGGUAGCCACACAGAUAGGACUACACAAUGGCACCACAGAUCCACUAAAAUAUAUCACCAAGGAUGCUUUGGCCACAGACACACCUACUUCCCGAGUCAAGAACGUAACCGCUGAUAUUGAAUCCAAUGUGAGCGAGGAUCUUCCCCUACCAUCACAAUCACAGGUUCCCGUUUUGGACAGUAUGCACUUUGUUGAUAUCACCGAUGGCUACUGGACCAAGCCUUACUUUGAUUGCGGUGGAGGAGACGUCUGGAUGGUCACAUUUUCUGUUCCCUUUUUUUGGUCUAGCCCUUCACCGGGUUCAGAGUUGUUCACUUUUGCUGGUGUGACAACCAUUGAUAUUUCGCUGGACCAACUCGACAUACACCAGUGUGCAUUGAAUGAUACAGGGAACAGCAGUAGCAGCGAAGGACAAAUAUUUGAUCCGUUUGUUGGUACACACAGAUGCAAAAAUACGACACAGUGCCUUCACGUAUCGGGGAAGGGGUUUCAGAGAGGAACAUAUCUUUGUCAGUGUAAACGUGGUUACUACUUCCCACCUGAUGCGGUGUCCUAUGAGGACAACACUCGAUCUCCCGCCUUUUUAGGAAGCGCCAUUGAGGAAGAAUACAACAAGAAAGCGUAUGGAUUGGAGAAUGAUUACGACAGUGCCUUUGAUUGCCUGCCUUGCCAGCCCGGUUGUGAUGAAUGUGACGAUGACAGCCCGUGUUUGGUUCGUCCCAAUACCACGUUAAGAUGGUGCUUCCUUGGGGCCAACCUCAUCUGUAUAAUUCUUCUCGUUGUAUUAGGGAUAUAUACCUACCGCCAUCGUGAGAUCAGGAUUUUUAAAGCAGCCAGUCCUGGGCUUUUGUAUGUUAUUCUUAUCGGAACGGGGUUAAGCUACUGUGAGACAAUCAUAUCGAUAGCGGCUCCGAUAGGCCUAGUCUCGUGUCAAGGCCUACUUUGGUUUAGAUACCUUGGUUUCUGGCUUGCCUAUGGAGCACUUCUGUUCAAAACGUGGAGGAUCACUAAAGUUUUCACGGUUCGAAGCGCCAAACCCGUGCGCAUUACUGACAGGAGCCUGUUCCUCCGGAUUGGUAUCCUGUUGGCGAUUUUCGUGGUCUUUCUCACAGCCUGGACUUUUCUAGGCCCUUCAGAAGGUCAGCAGGUCCACAACCAAGCGGGACUUAAAUACUUCCGGUGCUCGCAAAACUCAUGGAAUUAUGCAAGCAAAGCCGGAGAACUGAUCCUUCUCAUUUGGGGGAUGUACCUUUGUUUCAAAGUGAGAAAAGCUCCCUCUGCGUUCAACGAAUCAAGAUACAUCAGCGUUUCCAUAUACAAUGAAGCUCUCAUCAGUAUAUUUGGAGCAGUCGUUUCCUUUGUGAUUCCGGCAGAAUUUGCAGGCCCUGAUACUUUUCUCAUAAUCAAUUUUUGUCGGCUUCAUGCAACGUUUACUGUCAUGGUGGCUCUUCUUUUCGUGUCAAAGAUCUGCAUGUUCUACCGGACCAAUACUGACAAGAAAAAGGCAGAAAGCAAGAAGAGCCAGGUUGUUUUUACUAUCGAUAACUCUAGUGUGAUUAUUGACUUUUCUCAUGAAAAUCCAGAAGUGUCGGAUGAAUUGGGUCGACUUCAACAAGAAAUAGUCGAUAUAAAAGAAUUGAUCAGUCUUGGUCUGGUCAACCAGUCCAUCACCAACAUCAGCAAGAAACGGGACAUCAACGUUACAUCGUCAUUGCCUGAUAUCCCGACUUAUCGCUCGCUCAGGGACGCCAUCGCGAAGGACAACAACGUCCAGGAAACCGGCAGUGGAACGAGCACACCAACCUUCCUGAAGAAAGGUUCUAAAACCAGAGGACAUGGGACGUCGAAAAUCUUACAGGGGUUUUCGGCUAGUAGCUCGAGUCCAUCGAGGUUGUUAAAUGUGUCGUAUGGGAGUCCGGAGGUAAAGGAGGGUGUGGUCAAUCCCGGUAUUGGUGAGAAGUUUGCUCAAAUAGAUUCAGGGGUGAUUACUGAUGACAUAGACGGGAAUUCUGACGAGGUAUUAGCUGAAGUGAAACAAGAUUCAUCAAGGCACUCUAUAGAAAGAUUACCUGAGGAAGGGGUUGGGAGAAAUAGUUCCUCGGGCAGAAGGAGCUUUGCCAUUAAAGAUUUCAGAGAAGCAGCAGGUCUUACUGGGGAAAGCCAAGAUGACACAGAAGCUUCAUUAGCAUUGACACAACGGAUUGACCCAUCAAGUUUAAAACAAUUUUCACAUCUAGGGGAUGAUUUUGAGCAGGAGAGCUUUUCACCUCUCAACAUAUAUGCCUCCGUGCUUGCUGACAGCAUACUGAAAGACAGUAUCAACAUCGCAGAACAACAUACAAACAACCCUUCAAUUUCUUCAAAAGAUAUCAGUGGUUUGCAAUCUCAGCAUUUAUAGACUCAGUACUUGAUAUAUUUACUGGAGGUAAUUUCACUGUUUUCAUGCCUUACAAGAAAAAAAUGUAUGGAACGAUUUGGCGGCAGCGUAUAAAUAAUCAACCAAAUAUCGAUAACUACAAUAUCAAAACUCUUGAGAAUGUGAUUUGUAUUCUUUUUAUCUUUCUAUCGUUUUUGGUUUAGAAAAUCACAAUCAUGUCAGUUCUUAAAGUGUCUUAAAUGUUUACCCGUUUAUUCCAUCCAAUGUAUUGUAACAAACAUAAAAUCAUUCCAUUUACGCCUUAUUACGAAGUAAAUGUUUACAGCUUAUUCACACAGUGGACACUGUAAGAGUAAGGCCGGGUGCGUAAACUUUUGAGCAUUUGAACAGUCACAGGCGUACACAUUGGGCAACUCGGGGUGCCCCCCCCCCCAAAAAAAAAGUUUCUAGUCAAAAAGAAAAAAAGGGAAAGGGUGAAAUACCGUAUGACAGUGUUUUCUGAAUUGUAUUUGUCAAAAUUUAUCACGAAUUAGAUUAGUUUUUUUAUUGCUGCAUACGCCAUGUCUGGCAUCUCGUUUUUUUUUACUUAGUACGCCACUGGUAACAGUGUAAAGAUAUUGUGACACUGUAAGUUUGCACAGUGUGGUCACACUGUGGAUUCUGAAAAUAUAAGAUUCAUGAAGCUUUUAUACACUGUAUAAAAUUCUUCAAUUAUUAUUUAGAGGGGUCCACAUAAUACAAGCACUGCUUUUUAGUGGAUCCCUCCAUUUUCUCAGAAUUUUAUUUUAUUAUGUUUAUGAUAUUUUGCUUAUAUAUGAUACCUGUUCUGUUUUUACUUAUAGAAAAAUAUCAUAUAUUGUACAUGCCUCAAUUUAUAUUGUCUGUAUAAGUUCAUUGUUCUGUUGAAAAUGAACUAAAUUGAAAUU